GGCACUGGUCAGCAACACCUUGGCCACGCAAUGUCUGCAACUCUGGGGUAGAGGACUUUCCAGGGGGAUGAUCGGGCGUCGAUUCCAGGUUGCUGUCCGUUCCCACAGGCUCCAUUGAUUUGGUCCAUCUUGGAAAUGAAGUUUGAAGGGAUGACAAAAAGCCAGAAAGGUAGCACCCUUCAGCCUCAAGGAACUCGCCGUUCGGACAGCACCAACGACCACACAGCACCAACUGUAUAGGUUGAGAGCGGGAUGAACUAUAUCAGUUAGUUGUGGUUGUUAACUAAAUACAUUUACUGGGAGUGAAAAAAAAAAAAGAACGAUUCUCGAUCGAGGCAUCACACUUUAUAGCAAGAUUGCGGGCAAAACGAGGCACGAGGAGCGCCCAGUGCUGACACGGCUUGGCGUCAGGACGCGCGUGAUUGCGACCGGCGUGCUCGGUGUUGUCAUGGUGCUCGUGUUGGUGAUUUUGAUCCCGGUCUUGGUUAACGCGGCCGGAAUGGACGCGCGCUACGAGAUGCUCGGCGCCUGUCGGAUGGUUUGUGAUCCCUACGGGACCAAGUCUCCGGUUUCCGCAACAGGAGAUGCCCGCGACAACCGACUGGUUCAGUCCCCAACAACCUUCAUUCGUGGUCCAAAGGGGGAACCCGGACGCACAGGACGCAUUGGACCACGAGGUCUGCCGGGUCCCCCCGGACCCCCAGGCCCGCCAGGGAAGGUAGGAGAACCCGGACCACCCGGUUUGCCUGGACCGCCAGGAACGAGUGGAGUAACUGGUGUCAUAAGUGCAGCAACGUACAACACGGUCCCCAAAAUCGCAUUCUACGCCGGGCUCAAAAAGCAACACGAGGGGUACGAGGUGCUGAAAUUCGAUGACGUGGUUACCAACCUGGGCAACCAUUACGACCCAUCGACAGGUAAAUUUACUUGCUCCAUCCCGGGAAUCUAUUUCUUCGUAUACCACGUGCUGAUGCGAGGAGGAGACGGGACCAGCAUGUGGGCUGAUCUGUGCAAAAAUAACCAGGUGCGGGCAAGCGCAAUUGCGCAGGACGCAGAUCAGAACUACGACUAUGCCAGUAACAGCGUUGUAUUACACUUGGAGCCUGGCGACGAAAUCUACAUCAAGUUAGACGGGGGCAAGGCACAUGGCGGAAACAACAACAAAUACAGCACGUUCUCGGGUUUCAUGAUUUACGCCGACUAACGCGUGCCGGCACCUUUGGCUCACGCGAAUGUUUGGCGUGCAUACGCUCCCGGCUUCUCACGCGUUAGCGUGGCGACCUGUAAAAGAACAACAGACCUAUACCGCUCGCUAGAAACCAUACGUUACCAUCUGUAAAGAUGGAGAAGAUGGUUAUGAUAUCUUAAAACAAAAACUCUGUGAAAUCCCCCACACCGUUUCAUGAACAUUAACUUGUCGCUGAAGGCGACAAUGAGAAAACAGGAUCAUCUGAAGUCGGAAACAACGCGCUUACGCAUGUGACUAAUUCACAAAUUAGAUUUUAGACAAAUCACUGUGAUGUAUAAGAAAGAAAGGUAAAAGAAUAAUCUGCCAUUCGGUGUUGUUGUUGACUAGUUUUGAGUCUGUUGUGUGUUCCAACAACCAUGUCUUAAACUCGGAUCUAGGGUAGACACUUAUUAAGGGUUACAGCAGUUAUCAGAUGUGUCAUUUGGUUACCGUGCUGCAGUUAUGGUAUGUUUGGUUUGUUUUAAACUUUACUCUAAAAUAUAUCAAGCAGACAAAAUAAACGCAUCUUCCAAUAACAAAUCAAA